AUGAAGUCGGAUAGCCAAGCAACAACGAUGGAGGAUCAACGAGGAGACCAGCAGGAUCUGGAAUUACACCGGAUCCAAACCAACGCGUCGGAGAACGUCUUCAACACUAUGGGAACAACACGGAGAAGACUUGUUAUGCUCUCGCUCUGCCUGUCGCAAUUCCUCGCCGCGAUAGACAUCACGAUCGUCGCGACGGCGCUUCCAACUAUCGCCAGCAGUCUGCACGCCAACUCUGCACAAUACACAUGGGUUGGAUCGGCGUACAACCUGGCAAGCACAGCAUCAACACCACUCUGGGCCAAGUUGUCCGAUGUGAUUGGAAGAAAGUCUGCGCUUCUGGCAGCCAACGCGAUAUUCCUUGCAGGCAGUUUGUUAGCAGCUCUUGCUCACUCGAUUCUGGUUCUCAUUGGAGGCCGCUGUCUGCAGGGUAUCGGAGGAGGCGGCAUGAUGAUUCUGAACACCAUCAUCAUCAGCGAUAUUUUCCCACUUGAGGACCGAGCAAAGUACUAUGGUCUAUCUGCAAUUGUGUGGGCCAUCGCAAGCGCAUUGGGUCCAAUGCUCGGAGUCUACAUCAAUCUGCCGCUCGAUGGUAUCUCGCUUGUCCUGGCAGUCCUUUGCCUCAAACUCAAUAUCAAAAGAGCCCCUGCCAAAGAAACGCUCACCAGCUUGGAUUACGUUGGCUGCAUCACCAUCGCAGGAGGAGCCAUACUCUUCCUCCUGGGUCUAGAAAGCGGAGCCAGUCACCAGCACUCUUGGACCUCGGCCUACACUCUUGGUAUGCUGAUUGGCGGCAUCAUCCUCCUAGCAGCAUUCAUGGUAUGGGAGUCGAAGUUUGCCAAAGUUCCGCUUAUUCCAAUCCAAGUCUUCGCCUCACGAACGAGUAGAGCUGCUCUCGCUGUGGCUUGCUGUCACAGCUUCGUAUUCAUCGGAUUCGACUUCUACCUUGCACUAUAUUUCCAAGCAGUGCUUGGGCGUUCCCCAAUCAUAUCUGGUGUCCUUCUCUUUGCUUUGAUCUUGCCACUUUCGGUCUGCACCUUCCUUACUGGAAUAGUGAUCCGCAAGACUGGAAGAGUUAGAUCGGUCAUCUGGUUCGGGUCUUUCUUCAUGACGCUCGGCACCGGUCUCUUCAUUGACUUUGGUCCGAAGAUGGUCCUUUGGAAACUCAUCUCGUUUCAAAUUAUCGCCGGUAUCGGUGUCGGACCACUGUUCCAAGCUCCGAUGAUUGCACUCCAGAGUGUCGUGAAGCAGAGAGAUGUUGCAGCUGCCAAUUCUGCCUUCACCUUCCUGCGCAGCUUAGUCACUUCUCUAUCAGUUGUGAUUGGAGGUGUCGUGCUUCAGCGAGGCCUUGGCUCGAGUUCAUUGACGGGUGAUGGACACGUUUCCACCGGUGGUGGCGAGAACGCCGAGAGAUAUGCAAGCGCAUUGAGCAACAUGUGGAUAUUCUACACAGCGUUCUGUGCAGUCAUGCUUCUCUCAACUGUUUGGAUUGGCAAGAUCGAUUUGAACGCCAAGUCUCGAAGGAGCGAGGAUAAUGAGACAGUGGUACAAGAAGUUGUAACGGUGCAGAAGGGUGCAGAGAUGGGCACAGAGAUGACUGAGGGAAGGCUUAAAUGUAGUCCUAUAAUGUAUUGCUCUAGGCACAGGGACAACAGAACGGUUCACUACGAGUAA